AUGCUGACCCUGCCCAAACUGAUUAGGCUACGCACCCAUCACAGUUUGCUCACCCCAGUCUACAUCUCUGUGCGUGUUCCCGAUGCCUUUCUUACUCGCCGAUCAGUCGCGGUCAAGGUCGAGAUGGGCUUUGAGGGCCAGAACUUUAACGUAGACCUCAGUCACAUUGUCCAUUCGCUCGUUAUCGUUGGAGGACGCACACCACCCAUCGCCGAGCUCUCUAGGGAAAUCGAGGUCGCAUUAGCCCCAUUGGUUGAGAAAGUCCUGCCAUAUGCCUCCCUAGAAGUUCUGGAUGAAAGGCCCCUUGACGGCGAUCUUCAAAAAAAUUACCUCGGUGAAAUGUACAAGUUCAGAAGGGUCUUGGAAACAAAGAGAGAGAUUCUAUGGCUCACCAGCGGCCGACUGGAACAUAGACCCUACUGCAAUAUGACGAUUGGCUUUGAUCAAUCUGCAAUGCACGAGGAUGAGACCCUUCGCGUCCAAUACGUAGACGUGACGGACGUUGACAAACUCGACCCCGAAAAGGUUGCAGAAUAUAUUGUUCGCUUUACUUCCACCCGUCUGGAUCUCAAAGACAUUCUAUACACCAAGGAGUCUGAGGUCAUCAUUGACCCCCAGGGACAAGAGCUGGUCCCACGAUUAUCCACCAUUACAGACGUCAAUAGCCGUCUCAACUCCACCAUACGGCCCAUAUUUGAACGUGUUGACAUUAGCAAGAUCGUGGUCAGUUUAGAGUACGGCAAAGAUGGACCAAACUUCCGCCAGAUGUCGCCAUACGAACUGGCAGUGACAACGUUUACGAAGAAGGAUAAGCUUACUGAGCUGCACCUCACGCACUUCACCGUGUUGGCAAUUAGGUGUCCAACCGGCUGUUAUCAUCUUUCUCUUGGGUACGACAAGACCAGAGCUCAACGUCUCUCUUUGACUGCUGGUGUAGCUCUAUUCACCAAGCUGGAAGCUUUUCCACCAAUCUCAUACACGAACACGGAUAAGACGCCACCUACAGAUGGGACGCACAGCUUCAUGUAUGGGAAAUGGACAUGUGGAAAUGUUCUUAAGCGGGCAUAUGAGAAAUACGGCUUGCGCAUUGAUAUCCAGCGUCCGUCUACGAUCAUUGACGGUGGCAAAGAUGCAACAGUUGAGCGCACAGUUUCUGAUUGGAUAGACUCGCUCCUGCACUUGCGCACAAGACACAGACGGUACCUAAAGUAG